GGGUUGGGGAUUUAACCUGGAACUUCCUGCAUGCAGAGCAUAUGUUCUGCCACUGAGCUACAGCCCUUUUCUCAAUGUGUAUGAGUGUCCAGCCAAUUUAAAAUCAAUGGUAUUAAACAUUAAUUUAGAAAAUGUAAAAAUUAGGACCUAGUCCUUUGUCAGAUAUCUCAGUGCUUUUGCAUUGGCUAGCCCACUGAAUAGUGGGAGCAAGUUUACUUAGUGAGCAUUUGCGUAUCAUCCUUGCUGCGCACUUUCCUUAUAGCUCCAGAAGUAAAACCGCUAGAAAUUUACUUUGUUUAAAUGAAAACUAAACAUUCAGGCAAGGAGCCUAGAACAACUUCGAGGGAGGCAGGUUCUCCUGUGGCUACAGACCUGCAUAAAAAGGCAAAAUUCAACAGAUUAGCUGAAGAACUACAUAUGCCUUGUGUUCCAGAAAUGAUGUUUGGAGACAAUGUCUUAAGAAUUCAACAUGAAUCUCUCUUUGGGAUAGAAUUCAAUGCAACUGAUGCUUUAAGAUGCGUAAAUAACUCUCAAGGAAUGGUUAAAGUUGCCUGUGCAGAAGAGUGGCAAGAAAGCAGGUCUGAACCUGAGCACACAAAGGAAGUUGUUAACCCAUAUGACUGGACCUAUACAACAGAUUACAAAGGGACUCUUCUAGGUGAUACAAUAAAGUUAAAGGUUUCUGCCACAACAGAACACAUAGAUACAGAGAAACUGAAAGCCAGGGAACAGAUUAUGUUCUUUGAGGAAGUACUGCUGUUUGAAGAUGAACUUCAUGAUCAUGGAGUUUCAAGCCUGAGUGUAAAAAUAAGGGUAAUGCCUUCAAGCUUCUUUGUGCUGCUGAGAUUUUUCUUGCGAGUUGAUGGUGUGCUUAUCAGGAUGAAUGACACUAGGCUUUAUCAUGAGGCUGAUAAACGCUACAUGUUACGAGAAUAUACUUCAAGGGAAAGCAAAAUAUCAAGUUUAAAGCAUGUUCCUCCACCCCUUUUCACGGAUCCUAAUGAGAUUGCUCAGUAUUUACCUGUCAAGGAGAAUAUUUGUGAGAAGCUGGAGUUUCCAGAGGAUUUGCAUCCUGAAUCUGCAGCAGCACCAGAAGGCACUUAAGUGGAAUCUACAUAAUUUUGUGGACUUGAAACAGACCUUGCUCUGGAGACAGCUUCUUGGUCGUUGCCACUGAAGAUUUCUGUACUUGCUGGAUACACAUCUAUUUGGAUGUCUGACUAAUAUUUCUGUAGCUGUGGAUGGGCAAAGGGGAGUUAAUUUCAAGGUUUUGCUAAUAUUUCAUUGUGUCUAUUUCAAAUGCACCUGGAAGCCAAUGAUAAACCAGUUCUGAACUGGAGUUAUGUGACAUUGGAGAAUACACCCCCAAAUCAUCAGUAAUUCUUCUGAAGCAUACUGCAGUUCAAGAAAGUUUGGAGGGUUUGGGAAAAAUAAGACUCAUUCAUAAGUGCAAAUGGCUUUUAAGAACUUUGUUUUAACAUAGUCUUGGUUAUAAAAGGACCCUGCUUUAUAUGACUUGUCGGACUGAGCGCAGUGAUCUUCAUGAGUUUGUGGAUCUCUGUUAUGUAUUGGAUGGUAUUACUGUUUUGAUCAGUUGCUUGGUAUCUGUCUAUAAACAGGAAAUGUCAUUUGGCCUGGUUCACAUGCAACAUUAAGCCAUAGUUUUAAAAUAAACAAUGGUUUUACAUGCAUGAGCACUUCCUUCCUCACUCCUGAUUGCACCAUGUGGAGGAGGAAACUAUCCUGAGUCCAGGAUGUUGUGACGUGGGAACCUCUACUUGUGGUUUGAUUCUCUCCAAACCGCAAGCAGUAAACCAAGAACAAACCUUGGCCUUUCCCGUUGUUUGUUUUGUUUCUCUCCAAGCAAUGAGUCCAGGUUCACAUAUCACAACAAGGCAGACUCUGGCUUGUUUUCUUCCCCCAUGCAGCAUAGAUGGGAGCAGGGGAGGAGCAAAGUGUUCAUGUAUGAAUAAACCAUGGUUUCAUGUUGUAGGUGAACUAGGCUUAUGUCUUGUAAAGGAAAUUAAGGGUGGAAUCCAAUGUUGUAGAAGUAGACUUCUGCUCAUGUAACAAGACGUCACUGUCCUCCCACAAAAUCCCCUGAGCUUGAAGCAGAUUUUGAGGAUGCACAGAAGGCUGGAGUGAGGAGAAGAAGAAUGUAAAGUCCUGUUGCAUGAGCAGAAGUCCUUUUUGCUCUCACACAGACACCAUUGGAUGUGGCCUGAUGCCUCUUUCACCGGUCAAGAAAAGCAAUUUAACAAAGGUUUGGAUCCAAAGAAGAAUAAGUGGAAUUCUGUUCAUGCAGUGUGUUUUUCUUGGCUCUUCGCCCUACACCCCUCUGAAAGCCACUCCUGAGGAUUGAAGGUUCCUCAACAUACAGCAGGCUGGAGAAAUCGGAAAAAAUGGAUGGGGCUGCCUUGUGUAUGCAGAAGUCCUUGGUUCUUAAGCAGGCUAGACAUUUAAUAGGAUAGCAGUUGUUGAAAUGGAUUGCACAGUACCACAUACUUGGCAAUCUAAAAAGGUUACCUCCAUUUAAUAAAAAAAAUUAUGGGAGGGUAUAUUGAUGACAUUGUACAUUCAUGUGAAUCCUGUAUACAGUGUUAACAAUUCAUAAUAUCUUAGUGGUCAACUUCAAGCUAUUGUACAUUAAUGAUAUUUUAACCUAAAAUGAUUACAAGGAUAUUCAUACUUGUUUCAGAGCAGCCUAUGCUGCAAAAUUCUUCCCCUGCCCUCCCCAUGAGCUAUGUAUCUUGGAGGAAACCCUGUCUUUCAUGUGGGCUGUUCUGGGCCCAUUCUUCAUUUCUAAUAAGAGACUAAGUGAACUGCUUUGGGAAAAAGUUAUUAUUUAAUUAAUGUUUUUCAGAAGUGUAAUCACUUUUGGUCUCAACAUUUCGCUAUAUUCCUCUCCCUUUGGAGGAAGCUAGAAAAAGAGAGAUUUGAGGUUAUGACAAUAUUGAGUAAAACUGGAGUUGUUUUUUUUCCCCCAAUGGCAGCAGAAUUCUAGACAUGCCCUCCUCCUAGUAGUAGCAUAUGCAUUUCAGCUGUCAUGACAGUAUUCUUUUCUAUUUGACUAAAGUGGAAGACUCCUGAGAAGUGUUUUGGGCUUGCUUGUGUUUCUGUGCUACCAAUUCAUUUUGAAAAAGUGAGUGGACUUUCAUUCUCAGAUUCCUCACUACUUAUUUGGAGUAUGCAAUCCAAUGCUAUGCAUAUUUAGAUAGGAGUUCCCUUGAAUGUUGUAGGACUUAUUUCUGAGUAAACAUGCAUAAGAUUGGACUCCUAAGUUGUAAAGCAUAUUAAGACUUAUCUCAAAGGAUCAGUGGUAAAAAGGAUACUAAUGAGCAUACCUGCAUAGGGAAGACCUUGACUUCAUGCAAAUCGUUCAUUAGUUCAUUGAUGCAGUUUGCUCUGAAAAUUGAUUUCUCUAAGGAAUGAGUAUAUAUAACCUGUAAAUAACAUGCAUGUGUUGACAUUACAGUUUACUAAGGAAGAAAUCAGAUAGUCAAGCUGAUAAUUGUAUUCUUAGGAAUAUUUCAUUUGCUCACGUUAACUGUAUUCAGUUGUGGCUACCUUUCUGUUCUUUCAUGAUUACUAGGUGUAUAUUAAAAUAGCUGAUGAUUGCUUGACCUAGAGAAGGGACUGAGAUGAAAUAGGUACAGAUAGUUUCUGUAUACUAUUCAGUGAAAAGGUAAGACCCCCCAAAGCAAGGGCAAGCAAUUCUCGUAAUGAAUCCUAUUGUAUUCUUCAGUAUUUAAUUUUGAAGAAAAAGAAAAAAAUUGGGAUGCAGACUGAUAUUAGAAGUGGUGUUGUUCAUACUGCUAUCUGCUAACUUACAAGGGUACCAGAAUCCAAGUGUAGUAAUAUAUUUACAUAUUUUUCUGUUCUGUCACAAAUGGAUAGAAAUGGCUAUGGCAAAAUCAAGCUUGCCUGUGAGAAAGGCUGAAAAACUGCAUCAUAGUCCCUUGGUAGUCUUGUAUGGUGUUAAUGCCGUUGUGUUAAAUACACUUGAUGUCA